UGUCUCAACUGCAUUUUAAUCAUGUUAUGCCUUAUUAUAAUGAACUGAUCUUGAGCUGGGAACUAAUUUAACUUAUGACUACUCAUGACAAUUAUUGACAUCACCAUCAUCAUCUAAACCUGAAAUGCUGUUUUCACCAUGAAGAAAGAUCUGCAGAAAGCAUAUAAAUUGUCCCACCAGGUGCUGAGUCUCACUGGCAUAAACUUCACCCGCCAAACUGUUAUCGGCUACACUGAGCUCACUUUACUACCAACAAAGGACAGCAUCCGCUAUAUUUGGGUGAACUGCAAGCAGUGCUGCGUCUACAAAGUUUGCUUCAAUGAUGUGCUGGAAGUGCCCUUCCAAUAUUAUGAUCCACUCCUUAAUGUAUGUCAGGAUGAUAACAAAACGAGGAACAUUGAGUUCCUGAACAGCUGCCUGAGCACUGCCGUGACCUCAGUGAACCCCGAGCUUGGCCGGGGGGAGCUUCUGGUGACGGUGCCCUCAGAAGCACAGCACAUGAUACAGGAGGGCAAGCCCCUGAGGGUCUCCAUUGAGUUCUCCCUCGAGAAGCCCCAGUGUGGUCUGCACUUUGUCAUCCCCCAGGGCGAGGGGUCUAUCGCAGAGGUAAGGGGUCUAUGUGGUAGCGGCGGUGGUGGUGGUGGUGGUAGCGGUUCAUCAUCCAAGUCCCACCACAACGACCAAGGAGGAACAAGUUACUCUGGAAAAGACGUGUUUUAUUUCUCAGUUAAGAAUGCGCACGCCUGCUCGCCGCGCUACAUCGACAUGUAUUACAAGAAGAGUCAACUUAUCAUGAGGAUGCUGGAGAUCAGGAUUGGCCAUGAGCUCAUGAUGCCGUUCACUGUGUAUGUUGACCCAUACAUGAACGAGUUGACCCACUUCUGCCUGCCGCAGCUGCUGCCCGUAAUGAAGGCUUGCAGUAAAUACCUGCAUCAAGCCUUUGAGUUCUUCGAGGAGAUGCUCUCCAUCAGGUAUCCCUACACCUCCUACAAACAAGUGUAUGUGGAUGAAGCCUACAGCGACCUUCAAUCAUACGCCACCAUGAGCGUCGUCAGCCAGAACCUGCUGUGCUCAAGCCGUAUCAUCGACCAAGUGUACGAGACACGUGAAGUGAUCGUGCUGAGUGUGGCACGGCAGUUCUUCGGCUGUUUCCUCACCCGCUACAGCUGGUCGGACUCGUGGCUGUGUGAAGGGGUUGCCCGCUAUCUCACUGGAUUGUACCUUAAGAAAUAUUUCGGCUUCAACCACUACAAACAUUGGAUCCAUUCCGAGCUGCAGUCAGUAGUAGAGUACGAGGAAGAGUUCGGCUCCAUAGUCCUGGACCCAAGCUCGUGCCCCACGGAGCCUAAAAUCCCCACCCUUGCCUCGCUCAACAGAAGCAGCAAACAGGGCAGUCCUUCCAACAGCAACACUCCUGCCAAACCUUCGUUUUCAGAAACAGGUCGAAACAGGCACUUCGGUGCUGGUGGUGGUAGGUCUAGUACCCCAUCAGGUAGCUCUUCCGUUAAUACAUCCACCCCAUUUGGUAGCGGCGGUGGUGGUGGUGGUGGUAGCGGUUCAUCAUCCAAGUCCCACCACAACGACCAAGGAGGAACAAGUUACUCUGGAAAAGACGUGUUUUAUUUCUCAGUUAAGAAUGCGCACGCCUGCUCGCCGCGCUACAUCGACAUGUAUUACAAGAAGAGUCAACUUAUCAUGAGGAUGCUGGAGAUCAGGAUUGGCCAUGAGCUCAUGAUGCAGGUGUUGAACAAGCACCUGUCACUGGGCCUGAUCGCGUCAGAACAGAACAUAUGUAGCGGUUGGUCGCACCUGCUUCUGUCAACAGCGAACUUCACAAACCAGAUCUUCACGGUGACGGGCAAGAACAUAACAACGUUCUGUGACCAGUGCGUCAGGGAGGGCGGCCAUGCCAAGUUCAAGAUGAAUUUCCUCUUCAAUAGGAAAAGAAACAUCGUUGAGAUGACCAUCGAACAGCCGUGCAUCAACGAAACUGGCAUCAAGAGGUAUGACGGUCCUUUGAUGGUGUGGAUCCAGGAGCUGGACGGCACGUUCAAGCACACGCUGCAGAUCGAGCACACGGUCGCUAAGAAGGAGAUCGUCUGCCACAGCAAGUCCCGUCGCAACAAGAAGAAGAAGAUCCCGCUCUGCACCGGGGAGGAGGUCGACAUGGAUCUCAGUCAUCUCGACGCGGACUCGCCGGUGCUGUGGCUGAGGCUGGACCCCGAGCUGUCGAUGAUGCGCAGCGUGCGCGUGCACCAGCCCGACAACCAGUGGCAGUACCAACUGCGCCAUGAGCGUGACGUCACGGCGCAGAUAGAUGCCAUCAACGCCCUCCAUGCCAUGGCUAAAGCUGGUAACGUGAGUGUAGAGAUGCGUAACUCGCUGAACGCGGUGCUGGAGAACGAGAACGUCUACUACAAGGUUCGGUGUGCGGCGGCCCACUGUCUCACGACCGUCGCCAACAGCAUGGCAGCUACAUGGAACGGGCCUCCUGCCAUGAUGCAGAUAUUCAGAAAAAUGUUUGGCUCGUAUUCAUGCCCCAACAUCAUCAAGCAACAUGAUUUUGAUAACCUUCAGAACUAUUUCAUACUAAAGACUCUGCCCGUGGCAAUGGCAGGACUGCGCAACAUCCACCAGACGUGCCCCCCCGAGGUGCUCGCCUUCCUCUUCGACCUCUUCAAGUACAGCGACAACACCAAGAACCAAAUGAGCGACAACUUCUACAGGGCCAGUCUUGUUGAUGCCCUGGCUGCUGCUGUCUCUCCUGCAGCUGUGCAGCAUGACCCUGCAAGUAUCACUCCCGACACGCUCUCCGACUCAUACCGCAAGAUUUUAUCAGAAAUUGUUCGAUACCUGAACCUGGACAAGAUCCUACCGUGUUACAAACUCACGGUCACGGUAUCGUGCCUGCGUGCUAUACGUGUACUGCAGAAAAACGGACAUUUGCCGCCGAAAAGUUCAAUUUUCAUGAACUACGCUGCGUAUCCGGUGUUCAUUGAUGUGCGUUUGAGCGCCAUAGACCAACUUAUUGACUUUCUGCCGAGUUGUGGUGGAAUCAACGAGUUGAAUUUCCUCCUGAAUUUGGCCGAGACCGACCCCAUGCCUCGGGUUCGAUAUGAGGUUCUCCGAAGACUAACCCUGAAUAAACCCUUCAAAAUGGGCGAGGGUCAUAAACUCGACACUGAGCCUUUGGUCGAACGUUUAUGGGCCAUGAUGAACAACAAUAAUUCUUACGACUCCCGCAUUAGAGGCGCGGCAAUGGAUCUUUAUUAUGCACUUUAUGGUCGUCGUCGGCCGUCUUGCAUCCCUGCGUCGUCUUCAGAACCUGUCAUCCUGCACUCAAGUCUCCACACGCCCGUGAACCCCAAGGGCCCCUUGGACCGAGGCCCGAUUAUGGCCCCACGUAGGAUCAACACCCAUGCAUCCCCAGGGUACCGGGGGGGUUCGAUGGGACCCCAAGUUGUAUCCCUUGAUGACCCAUCAAUCGUACAAACCCUUGAUGUUGGGGUCAUCAACAGGCCUGGCCAUAGGGUCGGAGUUUCGCCCAUUGCGGGCGCGGUGCGAGUGAAGGAAGAAGUUCUUGAUGUUUCUGAAGAAGAUUCUCCUUCUGUGUGGCCUUCCCAUGUGUCGGACUCGAGCGUCUCUCUGCCUGACGGCGACGCUGCAGGUCCGGAGCGUGCGCACAAAAGCUCGAGCAAGAAGCGCAAGAAGGACAAGAAACACAAGCGUCACAAGCGCGUCAAACAUGAACGUCUUCCCCGCUUUGACAAGUUCCUUGUGCAAGAUGCUAACCUCAGCUCCCCAGAGUCCUCUAAUCCCCCCAGCCCCACGGGGUUCGGCACUUCUGAUAACUCCGCUAGCGUUGCUAGUGCCCCUGGAACGGGGCUGGGGUCUGGGGUUAUGCCCGUGCAGUUCCCCACCAUCUUGGGGACCAUCGCGGGGCUCAAGCAGGAGAAGCCUGACGAUGACCACACCCUCAGUGAGGGGGAGGUGGACUAGUGGAGGGGAUUAAUGGAGUUGUUUAUUAGUUGGGGAGUGGUGGUUUAUUGGAGUUUCUUUAUCCGUUGAGAACUUAUUUAUUAGUUGGGGAGUGGGGCUUUUGGGGAGUUUCUUUAUCCGCUGAGAAGUUUUUUUUAUCAAUUGGGGAGUGGGGGGGGGACUUGUGGUGAUUU